CAAGUGGAUAUGCAAUCACGUCUGCCAGUAGGACUGGAAUGUUUGAAUUGUGACUUAAAAAGUAAAUAACCACAAUCUCAUCGAAUGGAGCGAAGUAUAGCAUAUCUUGUCAUUGGGGUUCUGCUGACUUACCAACUUAAAUGUGAAGUCUGUAACUUGGGGAGGUCGUAUAGGAAGACAACCACAGCAUCCUCGAGAUAUACCUAUCAAAACUCAAAACCACUUACACCAGAUAAAGCCUUGGAUGAAUCAUAUUACAUCCAUUCGGACGAUUGUUUCAGCUCAAACGAUGAACAUACCAACACUUCUGCUUGGUGGGAAGUGACUUUUCGGUGUAUCUCAAAAAUCUUUCAGAUUAACCUUGUCUUCAGGGAAGAUUUUGUCCGCCAUGCUGGUUAUUACCUCUUCAUAACAAAUCAGACAGUGAACGCUAGUGACUUGAUCCAUCUUGACCCUGUGUACCAUGACGAGGAACCAAGUCCAAGCCAACAGAACACCAUCAUAUUCCCUGGGGGGCACAGUGGUGUUCAGGUGUAUCUCUACAUCAACCAUUCCAACUCUAACACCACCGACCCCCCCAUCAUUGAGCCAUGUGAGGUGGAAAUUUACGGCUGUGUUGAGGGAGACGUCAAUGAAUCAUGCGCCUGCGCAAAUGCAACAAUAGGUGGACAGGGUCCUGAUCUUUGGCAAACCAAUGUGGUAUUUCCAACAGGAUCGCUUUCACUCACUUGUGAUGACUACUACUUGUCCAUCAUGAAUAUGUCGGAUUUUCAUGUUGAUGAAUUUUUACGAAUACUAGAAGCGUGUGAUGGAAAACAACAUUGUUCAUUCAAUAGCAGCUCCCAUAUACAAAAUAAAACACUGAUAUUCUAUUGUCAGGAUAAAUGUUCAAAUGAAAACUACACAAACUCUCAUCUUAACCGUACUGUGGUAGAAGGCUUGGGAAUUGAAUACCAACCAGCAGUCAGCGAUUCAUUUACUGCAUUCCUAAAGUCACGUGUUUACGACUGUAAAGGACGACACAUCCUAACCAGCGGAAAUCUCACGCGUCAGUGUCAGGAGCACGACCGGUGGUCGGGGGAAGAUCCAGUGUGCAAUUUCACUUGUCAGCAGCCAGAUCAUGACAAUAGCACUACUAUCCGUCAGUCAAGAUCUCCGAUAUAUUUUGAGGACUAUAGUGUGUCAUACACAUGCAGAAAACAUCAUCGUCACGUCCAUGGCAAUCUCACCAGAGUUUGUAACGGUAGUGGUGAUUGGUCAGGAGAAAAACCUGUCUGUAGACGUUGUAAAUGUCCAUGUGAUAGAGUAAAGACCCAAUAUUUCAUCACAGACACAGAGGUCCUUCGAAAGAAAAUAAAUAAACUGAACAAUGAAUUGAAAGUCCACCGAAAAGACCUCUCCGCAACCGUGAGAACGAAGACCUGCGCAAAAGACGAAAGGAAGUCUUCGAAAUAUCUUGGUUUCAUCACUGGAAUAGGAAUUACUACGGCUGUGUUGGUAAUCAUCGUUUGUAGUGACCUUCCAUUGAUGUACAGACAAGUCCGAUUUGGACCUUACGCCUCUCGUACACGUUAAAGAAAGGUGAUUUAUCAACUUACGUACAACAUCCUCUGUACGUAAUAAUUUAAUUGCUUUAAAAAUUCACAAUCUAUACAUGAUUUAGACAUGCACUUUGCUGUUAGACGUUCAUUAUUGUUCUGUAACAGGAAAAUAUGAAUGAAUCAAUAAAUUCAUCAUAA